CUAGUAUCAUCCAACUUAUAAAUUUUCUUUAUCAAAGACGUCUGAAAAAAAAAAUAUAUAAUAGGCUGCUACUCUAAGUACAUUUUUUUAUUUCUUAAAAGCAUACAAGCUAUGAAUGCUUUCCCUUUUUCCUUCACUGGUACACUACUGCCACACCCCAAAUCUCUUGUUUCUCCUAGUAGGACAUCUUCAUAUGUAUCUCCACAAGCCAUUGGCAAAAGUCCAUCUAAACAACAUAAUAAACCCCUAAAAAAUCCCUUAUUAGAUCCAUCAUUUCUCAAAGUUAUCUUGAAUGCAUGCGACGAUUUCAUUGACACUUUCAUCGAUCCUCCAUGUCAUCCUUCCCUUGAUCCAGAAUGUGUUCUCUCUGACAAUUUUGCUCCUGUUGACGAACUUCCUCCAACAGAAUGUGAGGUGGUAAAAGGCUCCCUCCCAUAGUGUCUCAACGGUGCUUACAUUAGAAAUGGUCCAAAUCCACAAUAUUUUCCUCGUGGACCUUUUCAUCUCUUUGAUGGCGAUGGAAUGCUUCAUUCCACUAAAAUUUCUCAAGGCAAAGCGAUAUUUUGUAGUCGUUAUGUCAAAACUUAUAAGUACUUGGUUGAAAAAGAAGCGGGAUUUUCAAUCAUUCCUAAUCUUUUCUCCGACUUUAAUAGCUUUAUCGCGCUUGUAUGUCGUGGGGCAGUGUCUGUAACUCGGAGAAAAAUUGGCCAAUUCGAUCCAAGCAACGGUAUAGGCCUUGCUAACACUAGCUUGGCAUUAUUUGGAGGCAAUUUAUUUGCUCUUUGUGAAUCUGAUCUUCCUUAUGCUAUAAAAUUAGCCCCAAAUGGUGAUAUCAUAACUAUUGGUAGACACAAUUUUGAGGGAAAUCUUCCCAUAAAUAUGACAGCUCAUCCCAAAAUUGAUCCAGAUACUGGUGAAGCUUUUGCUUUUCGUUACUGUCCAAUACCUCCAUUUCUAACUUAUUUUCGAAUUCACCCUAAUGGGACCAAAAGUCGCGACAUUCCAAUUUUCUCCAUGACACGUCCAUCAUUCAUCCAUGACUUUGCCAUAACAAAAAAUUAUAUCAUAUUUCCCGAUACACAACUAGAAACUAACCCUUUUGGGCUCAUAACCAGUGGUGCACCGGUUGGUUACAACUCGAGAAAAGUGCCACGCCUAGGGGUGCUUCCCCGUUAUGCAACGGAUGAGUCAAAAAUGAAGUGGUUCGAAGUACCAGGGUUUAAUAUGAUACAUGCAAUUAAUGCAUGGGAAGUAGAUGAUGGUGAUACAAUAGUAGUAAUUGCUCCAAACACAAUGUCAAUUGAGCAUUUUUUGGAAAGAUUGGACCUAAUUCGCCCAAGAAUUGAAAAGGUAAAAGUUGACUUGAAGAAGGGGAUGGUAAGUAGAUAUACAAUGUCGUCAUGGAAUCUUGAAUUGGCAAGUAUCAACCAGGCUUGUGUUGGCAAGAAGAACAAGUAC